AUGGGAGAGGCCAAGAUCUUUUUAAUUUUCCUAAUUAUGGUGUUCUUGAAAGGUACUGUAUCUGAAGUUUAUACAGUUGGUGAUGAGCUACGAUGGAACACUGGGGCAAACUUUGGUUCUUGGUCACAGAAAUACAAUUUUAGCGCUGGCGAUACUCUUGUUUUUACGUAUGGGAAGGGACAACAUAACGUGUAUGAAGUAACUGAGGCGACAUAUCGAUCAUGUAAUGCAAGCACUGGAGUUUUAGCAACAUAUGACAGUGGAAAUGAUCAAAUCCAACUCGAUCAAACGAAGAAAUAUUGGUUCAUUUGCAAUGUUGAUGGGCAUUGCCUUGGAGGCAUGAGGUUUUUCAUCGAUGUAAAAGAAGCUAGUUCUACAAAUAUUGGCCCAACCCCACCACAAAGGGAACCAAUUCCACCACCACCACCAGCGGCCAACUCUUGUACUACAACUUAUGUCUUUGAUAGAUGGAGUUUGUGGGUUUCUCUUGUUGCUUUUGGAUUUUUACUCCAAUUAUCAGAGUAG